AUGAAAGAGCAUAUAUCGGAACGUUUCGAUGCCAAUAAAGAAAAAUUAUCAAAUGGGUUCGACGAAAUCGAUCUUUUGAAGUUAAAGGAUAAAGUAAGGGGGUUAAAGGAUGACAUGCAUAAAGUGUCCACAAAUUUUUCUGAUCGUGAUUGGAAGAUACAUAAUGGUCACAUCGACAGUAUCUUACAAGAUAUCGACUCUACAUUGAAAUUGAAAGAAGUAGGUAUUAAAGCAGCUAAUGUAGCUAAACAACCUUUGACAAAGAUAAGUUCCAUUCGUAGUAAUCAUUCAGCAGAUGGUGAAACAGCUACUAUUGGUGAACAUUUCUCUAAAUUCGGUGAUGACUUAACUACUCGUAGAAAGAAGUUACAGCAAGAUUUAGAAGACGGUACAAAUAUUUCUGUGCUAAGGACAAAAGUGGCUGGUCUAAGAGAAGACUUACAUAAACAUGCUCCAGAUUUAUCACCAUACGAAGUUGAACUUCAUAAUAAACAUAUUGAUAAAUUGGUAAAAGAUGUUGAUGAUAAAUUGAAAUUGUCUGGUACAAAGGAUAAGGUAUUUCAAUUUGCCAAAACACCUAUCUCGAGAUUAAGUUCCAGAGGUGGUUCUGGAAAGGAUAAUGGUUUUGAACAUCCAAUCAUUGAUGGUAAAGCUACCUUUAUGGAUCUGGAUUUUGUCCUAUUAGAUUCAAACAAAGUGUAUAAGAGUCUUGAAAGAUGUACUUUAUCAAGUACAGAUUAUAAUGAUAAACCAAAGGCAGGGUCCCUAACAAUUCAAUAUAUUGAAAAUUCUGUGAUAUCAUUACAAUCAUUACCAUUUAAAAAUGGUAGUAUAUUCAUAUCUGAUGCUUCUAAUUGUGUCUUGGUUUUACACAUGCCAAAGGAUGACAAGGUUCAACUAAGAUUGCACAACCUUUACAAGUGUAAAAUGUUGAUCCUUUGUGAUGAUUAUCUAUCAUCGAAACAAACAGUCGUGAUUGAAAAUUGUAAAGAAUGUAUAUUCCACCAAUCUUCAGAAACACAUUUAACCAUUGAAAAUUUUAAUAAUGUAACGAAAUCCAAGCAAGUGGGAAAUAAUGAACAGUCUGAAAGUACAAAUGAUUAUAAAUUUGAUGAAUUCGAUACUUACUUGGGUAAUAUUCAAAAUUUAAAGCAACAUUAUGUACGUUAA